AUGUCCCCCACCGCCAACUACUCCGAGUCCGGUCCCAGACCAAACUACGACUACUACCAGCUCAACGACGGUAACAGAAUCCCAGCCAUCGGCUUGGGCACGUAUAAGGUGACUGACGCCGACGAGGCCAGAAAGUCCGUGAAAACAGCCCUCCAGGCCGGCUACAGGCACAUCGACACUGCUUCCAGGUACAAGAACGAAGAGCAGGUCGGCGAGGGUAUCAGAGAGAGCGGUGUUCCUAGAGAGGAGGUGUUCGUCACCACCAAGUUGUGGAACGCCGACCACCACGACCCCGAAGGCGCCCUCAACGAGUCCUUGAGAAAGCUCGGCUUGGACUACAUCGACCUCUACCUCAUCCACUACCCUGUCAACCUCGAGGAGAAGGUGUUGGCGCAGCCUCACCACUACGACUUCCUCGAGACGUACAAGGAGAUGCAGAAGCUCGUGCACCUGGGCAAGGCCAAGUCCAUUGGCGUGUCCAACUUCACCAAGGAGCGUGUGGAGCUUUUGAUCAACGACCCCGGGGUGUCCGUCAAGCCUGUGGUGAACCAGAUCGAGGCCCAUCCUUUGCUCACCCAGCCUGACCUCAAGGAGUUCUGUGACGAAAACGAUAUCUUGAUCGAGGCCUUCUCUCCGCUUGGCCUGGCCAGCUCGCCCCUUUUCGAGAACCCCGUCGUCAAGGCCGUGGCAGAGAACAACGGCGCCACCGCAGGCCAGGUGCUUGUGUCGUGGGCUCUCCAGAGAAACACCGUUGUGUUGCCCAAGUCGGUGAAAGAGGAGAGAAUCAUCAGCAACAUGAAGACGUUUACGCUUUCGGAGGCGGACUUCGAGGCGUUGAACAACUUGAGCGCUAAGUUUGGCGUGCAGAGAACAUGCAACUUCCCCUGGGGCGUGUUCAACUAA